GCAAAAGUCCUAGGAAACUGGUUGCAUUUCUGCUUCUUCGAUGUAGCCUCCUUUCUCUCUUACAAAAUCAAAAUAUAAAACACAGAGGAAUACCGCAGCCUUGACAGUCAAUUUCUAGGGUUUCUCUGGUAGAUUUAAGGUUAUUAUGUAUAGAACAGCAGGGUCGCGACUUCGAGCUCUCAAGAGCUAUGCUGGCAUUUUGGGUGCCACUCGAUAUGCAACUUCAAGUGCAGUUGCUUCUACGACAUCCUCACCAGGGUUCUUUAGCUGGCUGACUGGGGAACAUUCUGCUUCUCUUUCUCCUUUAGAUUCCCCAAUUCCUGGUGUUUCCCUUCCACCUCCUCUACCAGAUUAUGUUGAACCAAGCAAGGUUAAGUCAAAGACACUUGAAAAUGGUUUCAGGAUUGUUUCAGAAGCAUCACCGAAUCCUGCAGCCUCCAUAGGGUUAUAUCUCGAUUGUGGUUCUAUCUACGAGACACCCUUGUCAUGCGGGGCCACGCACUUGCUUGAACGAAUGGCAUUCAAGAGCACUAGGAACAGGAGCCACUUGCGCAUUGUUAGGGAAGUGGAGGCAAUUGGGGGUAGUGUUGCUGCUUCAGCUUCUCGGGAGCAAAUAGCUUACACUUUUGAUGCUCUUAAGACUCAUGUUCCUGAAAUGGUUGAAUUGCUCAUUGACUCUGUGAGAAAUCCUGUCUUUUUGGAUUGGGAAGUCAAUGAAGAGCUCAAGAAGAUCAAGGAUGAACUUGGACAACUAUCUAACAAUCCACAAGGCUUACUCCUGGAGGCAAUUCACUCCGCUGGAUAUAGCGGUGCAUUAGCGAAUCCUCUUUUGGCACCUGAAUCAGCACUAAACAGAUUAGAUAGUGUCAUUUUGGAGGAAUUUGUAUCUGAGCACUAUACACCUUCGCGAAUGGUUCUAGCAGCUUCUGGUGUUGAACUUGAGGAGAUUAUAUCUGUUGCAGAGCCACUGCUCUCUGACCUCCCACUUGUGCAACGUCCUGAAGAGCCAAAAUCUCUGUAUGUUGGUGGGGAUUAUCGUCGCCAAGCUGAUUCACCGAUGACACAUGUUGCUCUUGCUUUUGAAGUUCCUGGAGGCUGGCAUAAUGAGAAAGAAGCUAUAGUUUUGACUGUUCUUCAGAUGCUUAUGGGAGGUGGUGGCUCAUUCUCUGCAGGGGGGCCUGGAAAAGGGAUGCACUCACGACUCUAUCUCCGAGUCUUGAAUGAGUAUCACCAGCUCCAAUCUUUUUCUGCAUUCAACAGCAUCUUCAAUAAAACUGGAUUGUUUGGCAUAUACGCCAGCACUACCUCAGACUUUGUGGCAAAAGCUGUUGAUGUAGCAGUUGGAGAAUUAAUUGCAAUUGCACAACCUGGACAAGUUACCAAGUUACAACUUGAUCGUGCCAAAGAGUCUACGAGAUCUGCUGUGCUGAUGAAUUUGGAAUCUCGAAUGAUUGUGACAGAAGAUAUAGGAAGGCAGUUUUUGACCUAUGGAGAAAGGAAGCCGGUGGAACAUUUCUUAAAGGCCUUGGAUGAGAUCACUGCCAAGGACAUUACCAACAUUGCACAAAAGAUGCUCUCUUCACCUCUAACAAUGGCAUCAUAUGGAGAUGUUGUUAACGUCCCAAGCUAUGAGUAUGUUAGCAGCAAGUUCCAUGCAUAAAUUGAGUGGCCAUUGCAGAUCCUGUGCUCGCAGCAAGCCAAUUUCCUUUUCUUGCACUGUUGAAAUAAAAAAAAAUUUUGAUCAAGUUUUUUCUACAGAUGAAAGGAAAUAUGACCCGUCCAAUUCUUUUGGAAUUUACUGUUUAUUUGUUCCAAACCUGAGGAUCAGAUUUUUUUUUUUUUUUUUAAUGAUUAUCAUAAGAAUUUUGGAGUUUUGGUUGCUCAUGGCAGGGGAAAAUGAAAUCCAGCAAUGUGGGAAGUUCAUUUAUCAUUAGCAAAUGAACUUUUUAUUGGCUCAA